CCAGGCACAGGAGGCGGAUGGAGCUGAGCUGCGAGGGGUCCUGAGAAGCAAUGGCCACAGAAGCCCCUGUGAACCUCGCACCACCUGAACGUAGCACCGUGGUCGGUAUCUCAGUUGACAGCUUCAUCUGUCAGCCCAGCUCUCUCAGGAUGCAUGUCAUCAGGCCCAAGUCUGCCAAGGGCCGGAAGCGGCCAAAUCUGCACAGAACACAAGGCAGGGGCGAUGGCUCUCCCAGUGUACUGUCGGCUUCACCUCCGCCAUGUUCUUCGGGGUCGUCAAGCAGCCAGAAACCAGGGGCCUGUGUACCCGCCUCUCCGUCUCAGGGAACCCCUGAUGAGAUGCCGGAGCUGAUGCCACAGGUGCUUUCCGGGGCUACCUCAUCUCUCAAUAAGUACCCAGUUCUCCCUUCCAUCAACAGAAGGAGCCUAGAGGACGGGGCUGUGGACACGGUGGCCAGAAAGGCCAGUUCUCUCCAGCUGAGUAACGUCCAGGCCCUUUACCAGGAGGAGACCCACACCACUGUAAAGUCAAGCCAAGAAGACUCCAGAACCCAAGUCUGUGCCUUAGAGAAGAAAUUCAUCAUCCGCACUAAGAGACAGAGUUCCUCUAGGGCCUCAAACAUGGAGGAGCCAACAGACCAAGAGCCGAGGCUGCUGCUGGCUAUCAGGUCACCCUCAGGCCAAAGGUUUGUGCGCUACUUCAGGCCCAGUGAUGACCUACAGACUGUCCUUGCGGUGGCUGAGCAGAAAAACAAAGCCACCUACCAACACUGCAGUAUCGAAACAAUGGAUGUGCCCAGAAGACGUUUCUCUGACCUCACCAAGUCCCUGCAGGAGUGUGGUAUCCUCCAUAAAUCUGUGCUGGGCAUCUCCCAGGAGGAGGGGGAGGGGUGACCCUGAGCCCACUGCGCCAGGCUGGGGCCCCAGGCCUUCGAGCACACAGCCUGGUUUUCAAGCACCACAUGAGCCCAGUGAAGCUCAGACCCUAAAUCUGUGGAGGCAGGGACACGUCUGUACACGGGCUGAGCCCCCUGGGAGGAACCUUCCUCCUUCUAGAAUUGUCCCUUCACUAUGCUCCAGAGCGCCUGCACACGUGCAGCGAAACCUACAUGUCUCUCGAAGCCAACACUUUGCUUCUCUGUAUCUGACAUGAGAUUGAACUCUUCCCAGAGAGGAUUCUAGUCUAGUAAAUAACCAGGGUUCA